AUGAUGGACACUCGGAAUUUAGAUCUGUCUCAAAGGAUUUUGGUCUCCGAGUCAGCGCGCUCAUAUCGGCAAGAAGUAGGAGGAAAUCCAGCUGAGCCACAGGCCUGCGAGAGAGACGGUUCGGGCGGUGCGAGAGACGGAGUUCCUCUUGUUAAUUACGUGCCGACAUGCUAUUAUCCUGGAGAAAUUUUCGAGGAACUCCCGGCAGUAGCCCCCGAGUUCGUGCGCUCCCCAGACGUGAAUGGCCAGGCCUGGGAGAACGUUACCGAGACGCAGUCGACCCCUGAUAGCGUGAAGAAACUUUUGAGGGAUCGUCGCGGACUGGGGGUGACCUUCCUGAUUCCUUCGAAAAGCCAGAGGCCUUGGUCGCCACCGGUUGGGUUCCAAUGUGUCUAUGAAUCCUACUUUCAAGAUUAUACGAAGCUCUGGUUUCCGAUUCCUCGAUUAGUCACAUCGUACGUGAGGCACCGAGGUGCAACGCUAAGCCAAUUUCUGAAUGGCUCAUGGCGUAGCGCGGUUGCCUUGAUGGUUAUGGCUGCAGAGAUCGAUGUCUCUCUGAGUGUUCGCGUCUUCGAGGAGUUGACAUCCAUCAGCUCGUUGGAUGACGGCCUUUUGUCGAUAAAGAUGCGACCAAGUUAUAACGUGAUAGAGGGACAUCCUAAUAAGACGUUUGAUUGGCAGAGGUCUUAUUUCUACGUUAAGUGCGACGACUCUGCCUUCGAGGAUCCUCCGGAUGAAGACUAUCGUGUGUUGUGGAACACUCUUAUUGCUGAUCACCCGACUUCUCGUGAGUAUCCAGAAGAAUUCCUUUCGAGCGCUCGUGCUGUCGCGAGACUCGCUCAAGAACAUUGGGGGAAUAUUUAUUGGGAGAGGGUUCGCCGUUCCAUCAAUCACAUUUCCAGGAAGGAUUGGAAUUCAAGUUACCUUCCCUCGGCUAAUAAGACUAAGAGACGGAUUUUGCUGUUCACCAAGGAAGAGCAGAAGAAGAUCAACGAAGCGAGGAAAAUGAGGGGCCUUACUGAUCUGAGCGCCAUGAUGGCGGCACAGCUUGGUCUGCCGAGUGCUGAGCCGUCGAUACCUUCUAACGAGAUGGUGGCUACUGAUACGACCGACGUGUCUCCCCAACGUCGCGACUCCUCGCCCGGCGCUGCCGCCGCUGCCUCUAAGAAGAAGAAAAGCAAGAAGAGGUCUCACGAUGAUCCGUCCAUUGGCGAUGAUCUUGAGACUCUGCCAGAAGUAAAUGAUCGUUCUGAGGCCGCCGAGCCGUCCACGAAGAAGAGAAAGAAGAAGAAACAGCAAUCUCCGGAGGAGAAUGUCGCAAACCGAGGUACUGGAGUUGCCCGUUCCUCUGCUCAGGUUGGCUCGACUGUCGGGCCGCCUCUCAAUUUGGCUCUAACAGAUGAGCCUCAGAACGUCUCGCCCGAGGUUCCGCUCCAGAAGAAAAGGUCGAAGCAAGCGAGCGAGCAGGGAACGACCAGACGACAGGUUCCUUCUGUUGCUGCUCCAUCGAACCCUGGGGCGUUGGCUCCCGGUUUGUCGACUGGUAGUGCUCCGGUUGUCAGGAAGACUCUGAGGAUCAAAUGCGUCCCGAAGUCUCUUCCGCCGGUUGCUGACUUGAUCUUCCAGGAUGAGUACGUUGAUGCUGCUCGUACCAAGUUGCUGUGUGACGGGGUUUCGAACUUCGUCAUCGAGAAAUACGACACUGCGCUGAAGGAAGCGCUUGCAGAGUCGGAGAAGUUGAAGAAGACGGUGGCGGCCAAGAGCAGGCUCUUUCGCCGAAAGAGGGCGGAAUGGCAAGGGGAGUAUGAUAAAAUGGCUGAAAAGCGGGAUCGAGCGGUUGCUCAGAGAAAGGCACAGAAGAAGCGAGCCGACGCAGCUGAGGAGGAGCUUUCCGUCGCUCGCUCUACUAUCGAAGCUCUGGAGCUACGAAAAGCCAAUCUCAUGGAGGAAAUGGGAGUCAAGGCCACAUAG